AUUGCGGACGCGGCGUUGGGGAUUCCUGGGUUUAGAGGGGCGCUCUCGGUGUGUCUGUUUUGUUCUCGUGGCCGGUUCCCCCACGUCCCCUCGAUCCACGGCGACAGCACGCACGCGACGGACCACGGUCAACAUGAGAAGGAGUCUUUCGCCGUACGGUUCCACCUUGACGACUCCGGACGACGCAGUGUCUCGAAUGUCGCAACACGACGACGCACGAGGAAGCCUGUCCGAGACACCACGUUCGUGGCUACGGAAUACCCCGUCGGCGGUGGGAUGGCGUGUGCCACCGGUGCGCAUUGCCGGAUCCCAACAACAACAACAGCAGCAACAGCAACUCUACCGUUCGUCCCUCCCGCACUCCUCCCGGACUCCGAUCGUGCUCGACGCCCGCCACGGUAUCCACACUUCCUCGGCCGUGUCCGUUUCUUCGGACGGCACCGAUUGGCUGACCGUCACGCCGGUGCGGUCCCACGCGCUCUGGUUUCGGCCGGGCAGUAACAGUGGCAACCGUCGUGUGGGGAACGGGCGUGGUGCCGCGGGGCCUACUGGCAUGGUACCACCAACGGUCGAGUGUUCCCCCAACCACACCCAACCGGGCUCGUCCGACCCUUCCCACGAGUGGGAGGUCGGGACCCGGCCCUCUCCCGGGGCCGGGGAAGAAACGGCGGCGUACACGGCUCGUGGGGCGCCGCACGCGGGGUUUUUGGAAAAAAUGGGAUCCCGGGUCGCCACCAUGAAACGACGAUUUUUUGUACUCCAACCCGGGACCCAUUUGUACUACUUUCUGUCCCCCCACGACGUCACCCCCCGGGGCUGUUUGGAUUUGCAAGAUUCCUGGGUAGAACCGGUGCCUGGACCGGAACCGGACCGGACCUGGCCGGACGGACGAUUCCGUUUCGCCAUUUGCUGGCCGUCGCGGGAACGCGUGGUCCUGGAAGCGCGUUCGCUGGAAGCCGGGCAAGCCUGGAUGCGGUUUUUGAAGGAAGAACGGUUGGAUGUUGUCAAGGCGGCCGUGGAACAAGGCACGCGACGGAAUUCGGCUCUCACUAGUCGUGUGCAAGAACUGACCCGACAAGUGCAGGAUCUGAAACUCGUGGAAAAAGAUCGGGACGGGGCCUUGGAAGAUGCCGCGCACUGGAAACAGGAGUUUGAGCGUUUGGACGAAGCAUUGCGACGGUUGACCCAAUAUUUGGUUAAACCCAACCCGGACUACAAAACGCACAGUGGUAUUCCGGAAACCACGCUCCCAGACAAAGCCACCGUCUCGAGUAAGGACACGCUGAAAGAGGAUGUGGCCGCGAGCCAGGGCGAGACGGAUACGCAAGCGUCGACGGACGAAGAUUCCGACCCCGUGACGCCCAAAGGAAACGAGAUGACCGACAACACGGCUCGCGAGACGUCCUUACUCGACGACGUGGUGGAGCGAGAAGAAGCCUUGGAUGUGGUGCACGUGCCGGGGAUGUAUUUUAGUAGUCUCUACAACACGUGCGAGCAACUACGCGAAAAUCUCAAGUUGGCCUCGGACGAAGCGUCCACCGCCGUGGACGAUCUACACGCGGCCAACUUGCGAGUGGCGAGCGUGGAAAAACGCAUGAGUAAGGCGGAAAAACAUUUGUGCAAGUUGUGGGAAGAAAAUUGUACCAUUCGGAAAGCGUUGAAGCAGAAAAAGCGUGAAAAACGUGUACUCGUUCGCGAAGUCAAGAAUUUGCUGGAAGCGGCCAAGACGCAAAAGGUGGACGAGCUGUCGAUGCACGAAGGGGUACCACCCGAUGACGAGUCCACCGCCUUGGGAAGCGAAGAAGAAAAGCUCAUGGACGAGCUUGAGGGGCACGUUUUGUCGAGCAUUCGUCUUCACGAACAGCUCCUUGCCGUUUCUGGUCCAACUUUGACGGCAAGGGUCGCCGUCCAAUCGCAAUCCCAAAUACCGAAAUCAAUCGGCAUCAAACCGAUCUCCAACGAGGUGGUAAAAGCAAACCAGGGUCCAACCGUGCGCUUCCAACCGCAGACACAGCGCAAAGUGUGUACGAAUCAACGCGCCAAUGACGAUCCCAUGGAAUCCGAGUCGGGGCAGGCUCUAGUGUCAUUGUUCGACGAGUCCGAAGAAGCGCCAUCUAGUGAGGACGGAUGCGGGCACUCUUUAUCCUCUAUCGGCGCGGAAGCAAGCGACGCAGGUGCCGACGGCGACUUGCCGCUUCCGAAACUAGUGGAUGUUUCUAUGGAUAGUGUGGAGAUGCCGGAACGACCCAACCCUUUAGUGGAACUCGAUAAAGAAGAAGACCUGAGCCUGGAGCUUGCAAAUGCUACAUCGCCUUUUGCUGUACCGAGACCUAUGAUACGACAAGGAGACGCCACUUCAAAACUCGUUUGUCCAUUAGCAGAUGUCAUUGACUCGAAAGGGGAUACACUGAACUUGGAGGCCACGGAUUUGCAAAUCUACCAUCUGACCUUUUACAGUCAAAAGAUUGGUAUACAAUUUCAAAAAGUUCCUCCCAUGCCAACGAAACCCAAGGGCUUGUUAACGGAUGCGUUGACGGCGGACUUGAACGGCGUUCCGCCAAGUGGGAGUGAGGAAACGGCUGCCGAGCUUCGACGCAUUGCAGGCAUUUCUUCGUGGGCUUCGUCAUCUACGGCUGCAAGCAAGGACACCGACCGGGGCCAGGGAGUCGACACCUGCCUCGUUGCGGCACCGAUAGACGCUGUGUUGGUGUGUGGCUUUCACGGAUUUGACGACUCCGGUAACAACGUUCGGCCCAAGCUGGGCGCCCAUUUGGUCGCCUUUGAUGGUGUUUCGGUGGAAGUCGGGCACUGGACGUUCGACAGCAUUCGCAAGGCAAUUCAGGCUCGUGCGAGGCCGUUGACGCUGAGUUUUCGAAACGAUUUUUUAACCACCGAACAGCGACGGAUACUAACCAAGGCAAUUGGGGAUGUGGCGAGUCCCCCCAUGCAGAAAAAGAGUAUUGACAGUCAAUACAAAACUCCUCGCGAACGUCCGCCAUCCACCGACCCUUCCGUCCACUCCGCAGUUUCGCAGGGUUCGAAUCGGUACGUGCUGGACGAAAAUACGGACACAGAGCUCGGCUCUGGAGGUUUGCUUUCGAGAUUCAACCACCCAGUGGAUGCCGACGACGACCUUUCGGUCGCGUCGGCGAGAAGCCGGGGCGACUCUAGUCAACAAAAUCACGGGUUCCGUCACGGGUACCAUCCCGCUUCUUUCUCGGGCAAUCGUAGCGUCGCGUCGUCCACGUUAACGACCGGCCCGCGUUCCUUUAGCGACGUGGGUUCCACUACGAGCGGCAUGUCUGCAGUGGUGGCACCCUUGGUGGCCCAUUUGCUCUCCCGCCCACGCGAGACGCCGUUCACGCCGGACUAUCUGCGCCGCGCCCCCCAGAACGUGGAAGAAACACCGCAGCACCAGGACUUUGCGUCGGAACUGUUGUAA